CAACGAUUACUCAGCGAAGCUAAAGCCAACAACCCGGCCAACGGCUAGCCGAUACAGUAAAUGGUCACGUAAAGUGACCCCACUCUCAAACUACAAUCUGUUUGAUCUGCGUGUCUGUUUGGUACUCUUUAAAGUGAAGAUAGCUCUGUGUUGCCUUCAGCAUCACUGUGGCUUCCGUUAACAGAAAGCUAAAGCUAAACCGCAGCACAGCCUACGGAAAUACUCUGCUAACACCACAGUUUCUCUUUGCCUGCGUUUAACGACACCUGACGCGGAAACUGACUCACAGAAAAUGAAAUUCUGUGGGCUGUGGAAAGAGACCCUGCUUUUGGCCGAGGACUACCUGUCCUUUUGCUGCACGAGUCCACAUCAAGCCCCUCCACCUCCCAGCGAAUCAGCCGCUGCCAUGAGGCGUCUGGGCUGGGACAUCGAAAGACAGCACCAAGCUCGCUUCGACAACCUCGCUCAGACCUUCCUGGUGCAGUGUGGGCCGGACCACUGCCUCAGCCUCAGAAAGGUGAUGAAGGAGCUGGUUGGAGAUGGACACUUGAACUGGGGGAGGGUUGUUUCUCUUUUUGCCUUUACUGGAGUGCUGGCCAGAAAGAUCCUGGAGCAGAAGCCGGGGCUGGACCCUGGGCAACAGCAGGAACUGGGACAGGAGCCCAUGAGCUGCAGAAGGCUGGCAGAGACCAUAGCUGAUUACCUGGGAGAAGAGAAGAAAGACUGGCUGUUGGAUAAUGAUGGAUGGGAAGGCUUCUGUAAGUUCUCCCGCAGUGCCAGAGAAGUGAGCCAGGACUCAUCCAUGAAGAAAGCGCUGUUUGCUGCCGCCGGUGUCGGCCUUGCUGGGCUUACCUUCCUCUUGGUGCGCUAGCUGACAUUCUCCACACUUGACGCAUCCUCAUAUUUUAAAAUUAUUCGGCACGAUUUCAUAAACGUUGGACAACGUCCAGCCACCACUCUGCAAAACGGGCCCUCUGUAGUGAAAGAACGUUGUUUCACGAUGUUACUGUAAAGUUUGCACAGUCUCGGAGCCCCUUAAAACUGACAUUCGUCGCUUGCCCCUAAAGAUUGUAAAACCAAUUUGAAUGCCUUCUGAAAUGUUGGAGUGAGUGAGAUCAGUUUACAUUUCCUGGCUGAUUUUUUUUUGUUGUUUUUUUUGCAGUGCAGGUCAAAGGCUUCAGAUUUUGAUUUCAUGAUCUUCUGCCUCUCUCUUUUUUUGUGGUAUAGAGGCAUUCCAGAGUGAAAUGUAAAAUUUAAUAUAUUGUAUUUCUAUGAAACCAGUAAACUGCAGUCCGCUGUUUGUCCUGAAUUCAUACAAACUGUAUAAUUUUUGCAGGAUCAGCAAAACUGUUCUGUACUCCCAUGCAACGGUGCUAGAUAAAACAUUUCUUUGUCAACUUACCAAAAAGCAGGGACCAAUCUGAAUACAAAUACAUUACUCCUGGAAAAAAAUAAAAUUCCUCCAAAUUAUAUUUUUACAUUGUUUCUAAUUUAUUUUGCUUUUUUUAAUAAAAGUGUUUAUUAAAUGUU